AUGACUGAAAUAAAUGCUCGUAUCCACUAUCUCGGAACAAAUCCUUCGGAAGAUUUUCCCGUAUCAUUGAUCAUUUUUGUUUCGUUCGCUGUCAACUGUUUAAUAUUCUAUCUUCUUCCAUCGUCAAUAACACCCUUGAACAAAAGUUAUGUUGUAUCUACAGUUCAUGCAUGUGCUAGCGUUCUAGCUGUGUGUUUAUACUUUUUAUAUUCACCGAUUAAGUUAAUACAAGUCGAUCGCAUACUGGGUGGGGGCAUUGAUGGAACAUACGAUAACAAAAUGGCGUAUAGUGUAUGCUAUUCAGGAGGUUAUUUUAUUUACGACCUACUUCUUAUGGCCUAUUUCAAAUCAGUGAGAAGUGCAGCGGCAAUGUUUCAUCAUAUCAUUGUUCUAAUGAUUGGACUUUCAGGUUUGUACACACGUGUCGGCCACACGAGCCAUUUCCUGAUGUUGUUCGAAGAACUAUCAACUAUUCCAUUGAAUGUAAAAGCAAUCUUCCAUCAACAUAGUGAUAUACAUAGCUUUUGUGCUUUGUUGUUUGCUGUUACUUUUCUGUGGACUCGUCUCAUCUAUGGAAGUAUCAUUUGUUUUUACGUAUUUCGAGCAUUACCGAAAUUUAUUCGACUGGCGGAAGCUUCACACGAUACAACAAGUGUUUGGCUAAGUUUGUUAUUAACUGCUCUGAGUGAUUUGCCGACAAACGAAACAAUCGUUCCUGAACUUUUAAAAAGUAUCGGCUAUCGAACUGCUAUGCAUGGCAAAUGGGAUCUUGGACAUCGACCUCCUUUUCAUCCUUCCUACAGAAGAUUCGACGAAUACAUUGAUAUUCCUGGUGGUAAUCAUCCGCCUGUAAAAGUUUGUUCUAAAGAUCCACCGUACCGUUUCGAACAAAAGCAUGAACAUCCUGUUGAUUUACGAAAGAUUACCGGAGAUAUCUUUACAGUCGGUACUCCUUUAUGUCACAGUGUCAAUCAAACAUACCAACUAGUGAAAGAUUUGAAUGUUUUGAAUCAAACUUUAUUGAUAUUCACUAGCGAUAAUGGACCCGUGGCCGUCGAAAUGUGUUUUGAUGGUAUUGACUUGAGUCCAGUACUUUUCGAUGGUUCGAGUCAAGGUCAUGACUUUCUUUUUCAUACUGAUGAAUUUGGUGCGCUUUCUACUAUUGUUUAUAAUCAAUAUAAAGCUUAUUAUACAACAUAUUCUGCCAUCGAUGGAACAUGUGGUAGUAUAAAGAAGGUUUAG